GGCCAAAUUUGAUUGAUGAUCGAUCAGAUUUAUAAACUGAAUGGUAAGAUUUUGCUAACGAUGAAAUAUAUUGAUCUGACAUCGUGAUAUUUACUUAAGGAGAGAAAAAUGAGCGAAUCUCCAGAAACAAUAGAGCAAGACUCAACCACUGCAACACAACAAAAAGAUUCAAUCAACGAAAUUAACAGUAAAGGAUCGAAUGUACCCAUCGAGUCUGGAAAACAUGAUAAAAAGGAUUCCAAGGUUGAGAAUGACACCUCAGCCGGUGGAAAUGGCUCAACAAGAGAAUCCAUAGAAAAAUCAGCUACAAAGUGGGGCAUUCAUGAGGAUCUUAGGCAUCUUCAAGAGGAGGAUAUUGUUUUAGCUGCUACUCUAGUGAUUGAUGCAAAAGAAGGAAGAAAUUUUACAUUUAAAACAGACCCUACUUAUGUCAGAUCAUACAACUUGUACCACAAAUUCUAUCUGAGGUAUCUACUCUACUUUAUGAUUCUCUUUAAUCUGGCUCUGGCUCUGUUCGAGAGACCUGCUAAACCUGGAUGGGAAAUACCUCCAUGGGCCUCCAUGAUUCUGGAGCUGGUGUGUCUUUCGUUCUUUAUCUACCGUUUUACUCACUGUGCGUACUUCAGCCAGAGAAGUGUGUUUUGGAGGGACACCAAAAAUAUCCUCAUCCUUGUUGUCAUAGUGCUAACUUUUAUUGAUAUGCUGUGCUUUUUAAUCUGGGACAAUGUGAAGACUUCCUCUCGACCAAUCAGGUGGUCUCGGCCGCUACGGCCCUUAUUCCUCAUCAACUUCCCUGACGGAAAACAGAUCCGUCGAGCCUUUCGAAACAUCCGUCGGACAGUUCCAGAAAUUAUGAAUGUCCUGAUUCUGUUUCUUCUCAGUGUUUUGUUGUUCGGGUUGCUGGCGUUAAAACUUUUCAGUAGGAGGGACCUUGUAUAUGCCAAUGGUAAACCAUAUUUCAAGAAUUACCUGGACAGUAUAUGGGACCUGUAUGUUCUCGUUACCACGGCAAACAGUCCUGACGUCAUGAUGCCUGCCUAUGAUAGCAGUAACUGGUUCGCUGUCUUCUUCAUUAUGUACAUUGUGAUUUGUUGGUUAAUUUUUAUGAGUAUAGUGCUCGCAGCCAUUUACUACAGCUACAGAAAAAACCUAAAGAAUGAGAUUAAGGCUGCUGUGUAUGGGAAGAGGAAGAAGCUGGGUCAGGCGUUUGACAUCCUCAAAGUUCAGAAUGGAGACCGCCUGGUGGUGACCUACACUGUGUGGUGUGAGUUAAUGAAGCGUGUCAUCCCUAACCGAAGUAGGAGCCACAUUGACCUACUGAUCAGGGUGCUGGACAUUGAUGGAUCAAACAUGAUUCGCAAACAACAGUUCCUGAAGCUAGCUGAUCUGUUAGAAUUACAGCUGUCAGAGGUCAAGGACAGAUUAACUUUCCUAGAGCAGACAUUUCCCAACAUUUACAACUCCUACAUCAGUGGACUGGUCAAACGGGUGGUCAGGCACAAAGCCUUUCGGUACUUCUUUGACUUUAUGAUCUUUGUUAAUGCUUGGUUUAUUGGAUUCGAUGUGGACGAGGCAGAUUGGUUCUUCCUGGGGAUAUUUAUGUUGGAAAUUGUAUUAAAACUCUACACAUUUGGACCCCGUGAGUUCUUCAAGGUCUUCUGGAAUGUAUUUGACUUCAUAGUAAUUGGAGCAGCUGUCAUUGCCUCUGCUAUUGAGGCCAUUGAAGACUCCACUUAUGAGGAGUUUCAGCUACUAGAUUAUCUCCUUGUAUUACGAGUUCUGAGGCUUUUUAAAAUAUUUGGAAGCAUUAAACGCUUUAAAGUUAUCCUUCAAACAAUCAUCAACAUAGGACCAUCUAUUAUUACAUAUGGAGGGGUCAUUGUGGUGUUUUACUAUAUUUUUGCCAUUAUUGGUAUGGAGGUGUUCCAGAACUUGAUCCAUUACUACGACUACUACAACCAGACGUCACAACCUUUCUGUGGGAAUGCCAAACUGAACGGCACUCAGUUCUACACCUUCCAUUACUGUAACAACAACUUUAACGACCUCCUCCACUCCCUGGUUCUACUGGUGGAACUUACUGUUGUCAAUCAGUGGCAUGUGUUAGCAUCAGGAUUUGUAUCAGUGACCAGUAAAGUGGCACGUCUUUAUUUCUUUUGUUUUCAUAUGUGUUGUGUCAUCAUCGUCCUUAAUAUAUUUAUUGCAUUUAUUCUUGAGGCAUUUAUAUUGGAGUACACCAUACAAAAGGUGGGAAAGUUGGAGUCGUAUGUCGAACAAAAAAUUCGUGAUCUGGGAUUAGGCCUUGGACAGACCGGCCCAAGACCACGUCAGUUGUCUACGGCAAAUGAUGGCUCUGAACUGGUUCCCAAUGAAGAGCUUGCUAAUGUGGACCAGCCAGACUCAGAUUCCGAUACAGAGAGUAUACCUGAUUUAUCUACAGAGAAGGGACUCAGAUUUCACCUCAAAAAGAAAAGUCGUAAGAAGGUGGAGGUCCUGUUACAGCAGAUGUUUGAGGGGGAAAUUGACCCUGAAGACGAGGGGCCAGAGAACGAGACAAAAAUUUACGUUGACAAAGGACCAAGACGACUCACCCUAGACACUGUGGCUUAAUCAACACUGCAGAUCAGGGCCUGGAAAAUGAGGUGGAAAUUUACGUUGACAAAGGACCAAGACAAAUCAUCUUAGACACUGUGGCUUAAUUGACACUGAUUGUCUUCAUCAAUUUGUCUUCAAAUAAAAUCAAAAGACUUGUCUUGCUGUCAAUAUUUCAGAAGAUCUAUUUUAUUUAAUUUUUACAUGUAUUUGCUGUAAGUUAAUGGUUAGCAUUAUCUAUCUCAUGUUUUUAUGAAGAAACUGAAGUUUUUCUUUAU